AAACUCAACGCCAAACGUAAAUAUCGUUUUGUUUUUGAUUUACGCAGUAUCGAGCAGAAGAAAAUCAAUAAUUAACUAAAAUUAACUUUGAUUUGUGUGCUAAACGCCUAAUUUAAUCGGCUCCAACGAUGGCCGCCAGUUCGUCGCGCGUUCCCAUCUCCAUGCUGCUGCAGGACAAAUCGGCCAACGCAGAGGACGAUGAAGAACCGAAGAAAAAAUCCCGUGAAGACUGGCGUAAAGCGAAAGAGCUGGAGGAGGCCCGUAAAGCGGGUACCGCUCCGGCCGCCGUCGACGAGGAAGGUAAGGACAUCAAUCCGCACAUCCCGCAGUACAUCAGUUCUGCCCCGUGGUACUACAACACGGCUGGACCCACGCUGAAACAUCAGCGUCCACAGGAGGAUCGCAAGAAAGAAUUCUCGGGGGUGGAUGAGUGGUACAAGCGGGGUGUGGACACGAGUCGGGUUGUGACGAAGUUUCGCAAAGGGGCGUGUGAAAAUUGUGGCGCCGUUACGCACAAAAAGAAGGACUGCAUGGAAAGGCCCCGCAAGAUUGGGGCCAGAUAUAAUGGGGCCAAAAUUGCCCACGAUGAAUUUGUUCAGCCGAAGAUUAACUCGGAUUAUGAUGGGAAGCGGGAUCGGUGGGCCGGAUAUGAUCCGGCCAAUCAUCGCGAGAUUGUGGAGGAAUAUCAGAAAAUUGAACAGGCGAAGCGCGAGCUUCGCGCUCAGAAGCUGAAGGAGAAUCCGGAUUUGGCGAAUGAGGAUGAUGUGGAGGAUGAUGAGGACAAGUACGUGGAUGAGGUUGACAUGCCGGGAACGAAGGUUGAUUCCAAACAACGUAUUACAGUGCGUAAUCUUCGCAUUCGAGAAGACACUGCUAAAUAUCUGCGCAAUCUAGAUCCCAAUUCGGCGUACUACGAUCCGAAGACUCGUUCCAUGCGUGAUAAUCCAAACCCGCAGUUGAAUCCGGAGGAGACAGACUUUGCUGGGGAAAAUUUCGUACGUUAUUCCGGUGACAUUCAGAAGCACGCCCAAGCUCAGCUGUUUGCUUGGGAGGCGCACGGAAAGGGUGUCGAUGUACACGUGCUGGCUGAGCCAACGAAGUUGGAGCUACUACAGAAGGAGUAUGAGAAAAAGAAAGAUCAGUUCAAGGACGAAAGUAAGAAUACGGUGCUGGAGAAGUACGGGGGAGAAGAGCACCUGCAGGCACCGCCCAAGGCGCUGCUGUUGGCUCAAACCGAACACUACGUUGAGUACAGUCGGUUUGGAAAGAUUAUCAAAGGCGAAGAUAAGCCGAUUAUACGAUCCCGAUAUGAGGAGGACGUUUUGAUGAAUAAUCACACCACGGUUUGGGGGUCCUUCUGGAAGGACGGCGAGUGGGGCUACAAGUGCUGCGAAUCGAACAUCAAAAAUUCGUACUGUGUGGGUGAAAAUGGGAAGGCUACCACCGGUGCGAUUAAAUUGUUGGAUCCGGUUCCAGAAGCUGGUCCUUCGCGUACUGUUGCUGCGGAGCGUUCCGCUAAGCAGCAGCGCAAAGCGGCUGCUGUUAAGGAAGAGAGUAGCGACAGUAGUAGCGGUAGUAGCAGCGAUAGUAGCAGUGACAGUAGUAGCGGAAGCAGUAGCAGUAGCAGUGACAGCAGUAGUAGUGAUUCGUCCUCGUCCGAGUCAGGUUCCGAGGAGGAUAAAAAAUCUAGACAGUCGAAGAAAAAAGUUCGCAAGGAAAAGCGCAAGCAGAAACUGAACGAAAAAAAAUUGGAGGAUAAGGAAAAGAUCAAGGACAAGCUGCAGUUGGCACUGCUGGCGGAGGAACGGCAGCAGCGGCGUGCCGAAGAGCUGCUGAGGAUGGACGAACGGAAGCGACCCUAUAACAGUAUGUUUGAGGUGCGAGCUCCAACCGAGGAAGAGAUGGAAGCCUAUCAGAUGAAGCGUCGCCGUGAUGAGGAUCCGAUGGCAAAGUUUUCCAGAGAGUAGAAAAAUAGUGUCGGAGGAAUACAUAUCUGUAAAUUAAGUUGGUUAAAAAUUAUGAUAAUAAUAAACUUUAAUUGUAAUCAA